AUGGCCAAGAUUCUUUGGAUUUUUCUGGCGGCAGCCAUUGUCGCCGUGUCUUCGGCCCAGCCAGUGCGCGUCGGCGUGUCGGCACCGGGUGCAACCGUCAGCACUGACGCGGGCGCCAGAGGCGCCAACGUAAACGUCGACGCGCCCUCCACCACCACCACGACCUCCCCCGCCGGCAAGCCGUCCGAGACGAGCCCACUGUCCAGCACUGCCGCGGGCGCCCCCAAGGCCGGAGGCUCCCCUGCAGUCAAGGUCUCCGUCCCCGUGGGCGGCGACGUCAAGGUCACCGCCCCUGGGACCACCGCGACCACCACCACCACCAACACCCCGACCGGCAAGGCGUCCCAGACUGUCGUGUCCGCCCCCGGCACUGCCGUCCGCGUCACCACCAAGCCCGCCACCGACUCCAAGGCCGCCGCCGUGAAGGUGUCGGCGCCCGGCACCGGCGUGACGGUCAAGUCGACGCCCGGCAACACGGGGGUCAACGUGGCGGCGCCCACCACCGGCGUGGCCGUCCGCAACGGCAACGUCGCCGUCGGCGGCGUGUGGGGCGGUGUGACCAGGACCCCUGCCGGCACCACAGUCAACGUGCCUGGGUUCAGCGGGACCUUCCCCGGCGGCCGCCGCAUGCUCCUCCAGGCCGCCUGA